AUUGACAGGACCACGAGGCGGAGCGCGCCCUGGAGAUUUUGUUCUUUUCCCCCGCUCUGUAAAUGUCUUAAAACCUUUGUCUAGACGAUUCACUCGGACACAAGCGAGACAAUUGCCUUUUUAUUCUUUACUGGUGAACCCUGGCUCUACAGGGUUAACCUGGAAAUUAACCAAUCGGCUUUAAGCCAUUGAAGGAGGACAAAAAGGCACCACCUCCGGACCGGGUACAAAGUGGAGAGCCCCCCUCGCUGGGCGUGAUUGUCUGCACCUCCUUUUCCUGUUUGCCUGGGUACCCGAGCCGAGCUCACGGGGUCAUGGACUGCAAUCAUGGAUGCUCGGCAGAAUGUCCUGGAGAAAGCGGGUCAAAGGGAGUGGCGGAUACUUUUAAGGCUACAGAUCUCAUAGUCACACCAGCCACCGUGUUAAAAGCAAAACCAGAUCCAGAUAAUCUGGUUUUUGGCACGGUUUUCACGGAUCACAUGCUGACAGUGGAAUGGUCUGCAGAAUUUGGCUGGGAGAAACCUCAGAUCAAACCUCUCGAGAACCUGUCCCUGCAUCCCAGCUCGUCAGUCUUCCACUACGCCUUGGAAUUAUUUGAAGGAUUGAAAGCAUUUCGGGGAGUAGAUAAUAAAAUCCGACUGUUUCGACCAAAUCUCAAUAUGGAUAGAAUGUACCGAUCUGCUCUGAGGGCUACUUUGCCGGUAUUUGACAAAGAAGAGCUUUUAAAGUGUAUUCAGCAACUUGUGACCCUGGAUCAGGAAUGGGUGCCGUAUUCAACAUCUGCCAGCCUGUAUAUUCGUCCUACCUUCAUUGGAACUGAGCCUUCUCUUGGAGUCAAGAAGCCAACCAAAGCCCUGCUCUUUGUCAUCCUGAGUCCAGUGGGACCCUACUUUUCAAGCGGAACCUUUCAUCCUGUGUCCCUGAUGGCCAACCCGAAGUACGUGAGGGCCUGGAAAGGUGGAACCGGAGACUGCAAAAUGGGAGGGAACUAUGGCUCAUCUAUCUUUGCGCAGUGUGAAGCACUGGAGAAUGGGUGUCAGCAGGUCCUGUGGCUCUAUGGAGAUGGUAAUCAGAUAACCGAAGUUGGAACUAUGAAUCUCUUCCUUUACUGGAUAAAUGAAGAUGGAGAAGAAGAACUGGCAACUCCUCCGUUAGAUGGCAUCAUUCUCCCGGGAGUGACAAGGCAGAGCAUUCUGGACCUGGCACACAAGUGGGGUGAAUUUAAGGUGUCUGAGAGGUACCUCACCAUGGAUGACUUGACCACCGCCGUCGAGGCAAACAGAGUGAGAGAGAUGUUUGGCUCUGGGACGGCCUGUGUUGUUUGCCCAGUUUCUGAUAUACUGUACAAGGGAGAGAACAUACACAUUCCAACUAUGGAGAACGGUCCUAAGCUUGCGAGCCGUAUUUUGGAGAAAUUGACUAGCAUUCAAUAUGGCAGAGAAGAGAGCGACUGGACAAUCAUCGUAUCCUGAUGAGACGCGCCAAGUAUCAUCUGUAUGCCAUUAGAACAGGCACCACGUCUGAAUUAGGAUAGAUUUCCUUGGCUACCUUUUUGUAGUUGUGUACAAUGUAGAGUUGUAUUACUGGCAUGUUGCCAGCGUGAUUGCUUCCUUCUGCCAGAAAAAAUGAAUUUCAAUCAUAAACAGAUGAUGUGUAAACUUGGUAGUAAUAGAAGCUUACUUUACCGUCUCUUAGGAAAAUGAUAAUGUAAGCCAUAUAACCUAGACUUUUCUUCGGUACUUUUAGUGCCUCCCUUAGAUUCUGUGGUGUUAAUUCAUUUUUUCUUUAGCAUCAAUUAUGUUUUCCUCCUCCACUAAAUGAGAUGUUUUUGGUGUGUGCUUAAAACUGAUUUUAGUAAAUUUCACAGGUAACAUUUCCCAAGAAAGUGUUUUCUGCUUGCAUUUCUAUUUUUUCCUCUGUAUUCUUCAGUAGUCCUUUUUAAAUCAAGCCUUUGAAAACCCUGAUUUCUUCCCUUUUCUUUCUUUUCUUUUGUGGCAGACCUAUAACUCCAUCAUAAAGUUAACCUCCUCUCUCCCAUUCCAUUCACCCGGAGUGUUAGUAGACCUGGACACGUUUCACCAUGGUUCCUUACUUUCAUCAGCUGUUCGUCAGUCUCCACUACAAGACUAAGUGUUUUAUGCCUUAUAGCUUUGUCGAUCCCUUGAUUGGCACAGAGUUAAAUACCCAGUAGGUAUUAUGUACAGUGACUGAAUGAACAUUUAGCUUAUCAGACAGUGUAUCUCUUUUGUUUCUAUAUUGGGAAGCCUCUUCAUUAGGAUUUGUGGUUGAUGAUGCUGACGUUGUUGUAUUUACCUCAUGUCUUUAUUGUCUACAGACUAAUAAGUCAUUCGAAAUACUCAGAGGCAUAAUUAGUUGGAGCAAUUAUUUAUAUUUGAAGACUGUCUUGGAAUUGAAGAUACAUUCUAGAGCGACAUCUAGAUGCAACCAAAGGCAGAUGAUAAAUGUUGUUAAGUGUUAACGAUGAAAUAAAUGAUCAUGUUUCAUUUUGUGGGUAGCAAGCAAAGAGGUAUAUUGUAUGUUUGUAGUCUGCCUUUGUAGAUGGUCUUUUCUCUUGAACUGGGAUUGGAUGAAUGAGUGUUUACAGAAUUUGUGUGCGUGUAUGCAUACUUACGUUUUGUUUUUUUACUUCCAUGAAUAGCUGUAAGUUAAAAUUGUACUCUCCUAGAAAAAAGACAAAAUCUAUUAGAAAGCAUUACCCUUUGGAAGGUUGACUCUCAAAUACAGUAUUUUGAUUUCUCUCAAUCCUAAUAACUAGUAUCUUGCUCAUCAUAUUCCAUCCCCUUUCAUAGCCAGAGGGGGGACAUUCUGAGAGUUGGAUGCAUUGGGAAAAAAUUACCCACGCCAUUUAACGAUGCACAGCAAAUGGGAUUUUGAUUCUUUGCUAAGACUUUGUAACCCUAAAAUCUUUUUAAAUAAAGACUAGGAAAAUGAA